GGCAGACAAGUUGCGCUUGCUGUCGUAAACUAAUCGUUGAAGUUUGAUAUCUUUUCUACUUUUCCGGUUUUGAAGGCUGUUUUGGAGAAGUAGCAGCGUUGCUCGUCACACCGUUGACUGGCUCCUUUUGGGAGACUGGUUACCGAAUUUCCGGUCGUCUAUAUACACCCCCGACCCUUCGCGGGUACGGUGGCCGAGGAGUCUUUUUGGUGACGGAAGUACCGAACGAGUGGGUGUGUGCGCACGGUCGGUGCCAGAGGUGCACGUGGUGUCGGUAGGAGAGAGCAUGUCUUUUCGAGGCGGAGGUCGUGGAGGCUUUAAUCGAGGUGGCGGAGGUGGUGGCUUCAGUCGCGGCGGUGGCAGCAACAAUCACUUCCGAGGUGGAGGCGGCGGCAGUUUCAGAGGCGGCGGCGGCAGAGGAGGAUUUGGACGUGGGGGUGGCCGCGGAGGCUUUAACAGAGGCCAAGACCAAGGACCUCCAGAACGUGUAGUUUUGUUAGGAGAGUUCCUUCAUCCCUGUGAAGAUGACAUAGUUUGUAAAUGCAUCACAGAUGAAAAUAAGGUGCCAUAUUUCAAUGCGCCAGUAUACUUAGAAAACAAAGAACAAAUUGGAAAAGUGGAUGAAAUAUUUGGACAGCUUAGAGAUUUUUAUUUUUCAGUUAAAUUAUCAGAAAACAUGAAGGCAUCUUCUUUUAAAAAGCUACAGAAGUUUUAUAUAGACCCAUAUAAGCUGCUGCCACUGCAGAGGUUUUUACCUCGACCUCCAGGUGAGAAAGGACCUCCGAGAGGUGGUGGCAGGGGAGGUCGCGGAGGAGGAAGAGGCGGAGGUGGCAGAGGUGGUGGCAGAGGUGGUGGCUUUAGAGGUGGAAGAGGAGGUGGAGGUGGGGGCUUCAGAGGAGGAAGAGGGGGUGGUGGUUUCAGAGGGAGAGGACAUUGAGCAUAACAGUUGACAAAGAGGCUUCACCAGUUAACUUCUGCAUUAUUGAUCUACUUCUACUUUGGAUCAGGGAAUUGGUUAUUAAAGCAAGUUUUGAAGAACUGGUCAUUUUAUGAUCUGGAACUACAGCAUCAACAUCAAAGCAAAAAUAAGUGCAACAGAGUAGUCAGUUUUCUGAAAGAGCGUGAACUAUGUCUUUUAAUGUUUUCUACAAUACCUGGCACUCUGUGGGUGCUUAAUAAAUGGACAGUACUUUUCAUUUGAAGCAUAUUUGAAUUUUUAAAAUAAAGUUUUUUAUUCCUUUCAGUUAUUUAGAACUGAGUUUAUUAAACCUAGCCUAUUUUUGAAGUUAAAUUCAACUAAAGCUUAAACCUGGUGGAUUGCAGAUAGAAAAAAGGAUUUGUUUACAUAUACUGAUCUUUUUAAAUAGGCUGUUACAACCAUACUUGGGAAUUAACAUUAUUUCUAAAUUAACACCCCUUUUCAAAAUACUGCUUUUGCAUAAUAAGAACAUCGGCAUCCUAUAUUGUGUUUUCCUUUUGUAUAUUAGUACAUAACUCACUGUGUAUGACAAGCAGUUUCUCUAAUUGCUGUUAAAAAUUGAUUAGAAAAUUUUAGCAUUUAUUAUGAACUGCUAAAGUUGGUUUAAAGUCUGAUUAUGUGAGAACUAUUGUUCAAUAAAUUUUUGAAGAAA